AUGCUACGUCUCGUUGCUGCUCGCCCCGCCGCGCCCGCCGCGACCAAGCGCCUGUUCUCGGCCGCUGCCGGCUCCGAGGUGAUUGGCAUCGACCUGGGCACGACCAACUCGUGCGUGUCCGUGAUGGAGGGCAAGACAGCGCGUGUGAUUGAGAACUCGGAAGGCGCGCGCACGACGCCGUCGGUUGUGGCCAUUUUGGACAAUGACGAGCGCCUGGUCGGCAUGCCCGCCAAGCGCCAGGCCGUGACGAACUCGGAGAACACGUUUUACGCCGUGAAGCGGCUCAUUGGGCGCAAGUUUGACGACAAGGAGACGCAGGAAGUGGCCAAGGUCGUGUCGUACAAGAUCGUCAAGGGCACGAACGGCAAAGACGCGUGGGUCGAGGCCAAGGGCAAGAAGUACUCGCCCUCGCAGAUCGGCUCGAUGGUGCUCACGAAGAUGAAGGAGACGGCCGACGGGUUUCUCGGCAAGUCGGUGACGCAGGCCGUCGUCACGGUGCCGGCCUAUUUCAACGACUCGCAGCGGCAAGCGACGAAAGAUGCUGGCAAGAUUGCCGGGCUGGACGUGCUCCGGAUCAUUAACGAACCCACAGCGGCUGCGCUGGCGUACGGCAUGGACAAGGCCGACGGCAAGGUCAUUGCUGUGUACGACUUGGGAGGCGGGACGUUUGAUGUCUCGAUCCUGGAGAUUUCCGGCGGGGUGUUUGAAGUCAAGUCGACCAAUGGCGACACGUUGCUGGGUGGCGAGGACUUUGACGAAGAGCUCUUGCGGUAUCUCGUGAGCGAGUUUAAGAAAGAGACGAGCAUCGACUUGUCGGGUGACAACCUGGCGAUGCAGCGACUGCGCGAGGCUGCUGAAAAGGCCAAGCGCGAGCUCGAUGGGCUGGCGCAGACUGACAUUAGUUUGCCGUUCAUUACGGCCGAUGCGAGCGGCCCCAAGCACUUGAACAUGAAGAUCACGCGCUCGACGUUUGAGAAACUGGUCGGCAAGCUGAUUGAACGUACCAUGGGUCCGUGCAAGAAAUGUGUCAAAGACGCAGGUCUGGACAAGAAGGACAUCAACGAAGUUAUCUUGGUUGGCGGUAUGUCGCGUAUGCCCAAGGUGCAGACGACGGUGGAGGCGUUCUUUGGCAAGAAACCGUCGAAGGGAGUGAACCCGGACGAAGUGGUGGCUAUGGGUGCUGCGAUUCAAGGCGGUGUGCUGCGCGGUGAUGUCAAGGACAUUUUGCUGCUGGAUGUGACGCCUUUGUCGCUUGGCAUUGAGACGUUAGGUGGCGUGUUUACCAAGCUCAUUCCGCGCAACACGACGAUCCCUACGAAGAAGUCGCAGGUGUUCUCCACCGCUGCCGACUCGCAGACGCAAGUGGGCAUCAAGGUACUGCAGGGCGAGCGCGAAAUGGCUGCUGACAACAAGCUGCUGGGCAACUUUGACCUGGUAGGCAUUCCUCCCGCGCCACGCGGUGUGCCGCAGAUCGAGGUGAGCUUCGACAUUGACGCAAACGGAAUUGUGAACGUUGGCGCUCGCGACAAAGCCACGGGCAAGGAGCAGAACAUUGUAAUCCAGUCUAGCGGCGGAUUGUCAGAAGCUGAGAUUGAGAAGAUGGUUGCUGAUGCCGAGGCCAACGCUGCUGCUGACCAGGAGCGCAAGGAGUUGAUUGAAGCGAAGAACGAGGCGGACUCGAUGUUGUACACGACGGAGAAGACCCUGGAGGAGCACAAGGACAAGAUCGAUGCGGACACGCUAGAGAAAGUCAAGGUUGCUCUGGCGGAUUUGCGUCAAAAGUCGGAGGGCGAGAACACGGAGGAAAUCAAGGCUACGCUCAAGGAGGUGCAGGAAAUGGCGAUGAAGAUUGGCGAGGCGGUCUACAAGUCUCAGCAGGGCGACAGCGCUGCCAGCAGUGAUGAUAGUAAGGACGAGAACGUACACGACGCCGAGUUUAAGGACAAGAAGGACUAA